GUGUUUCAGCUGUUCCAGCGCCGUUUUGUAUAGAGGAGCCUGGCAUUCGCCGAGACCUGGCACUUGACUCAGUACAAUUCAUGGUGCUCCGCCAUCUUUCUUUUUUUGUAACUAAUGAGUGUGUCGCACCGGUGAUCAAACUCCGCACAUCACAUCAGUGAUUAUUUCUCUGCUGUCUGAGGCGUGAAAAGUACUUAUUUUAAAUGCGAAUUUCCGAAUCUGUUGCGCGCAGAUUUCUGUGUCGCAAGACUGGCAAAGUAAUUCAGAAAGCGCAAGUAGCGCCUUUGUAAAAUUCUGGGGUGCUCUUGUUCAUGAAAAAAAAAAAAUCUGCCAUGAUUACAGAGCGGAAAAAGGGACGGAUAGUCUCAUUUGUUUCCAAUUUGUAUGUUGGCAUAAACAAAUAGCACAGUCAAAUAAAAUAUUUGGAGUUUUCUCUCUUUUGGGUUGGAGGGCUACAAAAAAAAUGUCCCCCAAGUGAGUGUUUUUUGGUGAAGAAUAGAGGAUUUAGUCCCCUCUGUGUGUUGUGGGCAAGGAAAGGGAAAGGAGAGGGGUUGCUAUGGCAAUGUUAACACAUGAGUGGCAGCGCAGACUGGCCUCCCAAGAGUCCGUGCAGCAGUCAUCGAGGUUCACAGGGAGCUGUUACUUCACUCCCUUUAACAAUGGGAAGUCCUGAUAGCUGAAGAUUUCACCAAUUGCUGGUUCAUCACGGCUGGUGAUGAUACCUCAACUCCACACAAUUCCAGUAUUUGUUUCUGACUCUUCACUCAUCUGCACAAUCCUACAAUAUGGCCAGCAAGAGGAAAUCCACCGUUCCCUGUAUGAUUCCAUCUAAAAGCAAGCACAUGCGGGAGGACAUCAUACUGGGAUGCUUGCCUGAGCUCCUACCCACAAUACCUGAAGACAGCAUCCUCAGUAUCUCUUCAAAAGAUGAGGAUGCACAACGAUUCCAUGAUCUCUCAAAAGCCGUGACGAAAACUUCAUGCUGGGAAAGGGGAACAUAUACCUGCCCUCUGUGCUGCUUUGAGUCCAGAGACUUGAACCUAUUUCUUCAUCAUAUGGACAGCUGUCACAAGGACUUUCAUGCUCAACCAAACUUCUACUGCCUGUCUUGCAAGGUCUCAGCGGUGAAGUUUGAAGGUCUUGCUUUACAUAACGCAAAAUCACAUCCUGAACUCCAUACAGCGCACAAGAGAGUGUCCUUGCAAGUUACCAAACGAGAUGGGGCUAUUACAGUGGAGCAAAGCCUGUUUACAGAAGAGGAUUUCAGUGAAUCCGGAAUAUCCAUUACCAAGACACCCAUAAUGAAAAUGACCAAAGGGGGGCACAAAAAAAUUGUCGUCUCCCAUACUGUUGAGGUACAUCGGGCUGAGCCUAGCAUCGACAAACCCGCAACUGUAACCAAUGGCACUUCAGUUAGGACCUUUCCCCUAACGACAUCAACACAUAUCAUUGGUGGCACUGGUGCCCCUCCAAUCUAUAAAAUCCCAAACAUCCCAAGAAUGCAUAACCGUGGUCCUCUGUGGAACUCUAAUAUGUCAUCAGCCGAUUCAAAUGCUGAUCUCCCAAAGGUCAUGAUCCCUCUAAGUAGCAUCCCCACCUACGAUCCAGCUAUGGAUUUAAGCAGCUUUCUUAAGACAUCCUUUGGUAAGUUCCCUUACCCUACCAAAGCAGAGCUCUGUUACUUGACAGUGGUCUCUGGCUUCCCAGAGGAACAGAUCAAACUCUGGUUCACAGCCCAAAGGCUAAAGCAAGGUAUUAGCUGGUCUCCUGAAGAAAUCGAGGACACACGUAGAAAGAUGUUCAACACUGUAUUCCAAGCCACACCGAAAACAUCACAGAAUCAGUUGCAUCACAACAUUUCCCAACACUGUGUUUCUGUCCAGUCUGCCACUUUGAGUUCUAACUAUAUACAACAGAUACCAAAGGGAAGUGCAGUGGGUUGGAAAGGAGGGGUCAUAGUCAGCCAGCCUAGCGUGACCCAGGCCACAUCCCUUAAGCAGCAGCAGCCAGUGGUUCAGGCGCCACAGGUAAAUAUCCACCAUGCUGUUAUCACUAAGGAAACUGGAAAUGAAUUAUCUUGUUGGACAACUGAGAACGGCAACAAUGCAAGCCGAGGAGGUAGCGUUAGCAAUCUUGGACACACUGGAAAAAGCGAGACUGGCUGCAGCUCAUCCAUCUUGCCUGGCGCUUCCAAAAGUCAGAACAGCAGUUAUAGUGAGGGCAGCAUCAUGAAUCUGACCAACAUAGUCAGGAAAAUUGACUGUCAUGUCAAUGACAGGAACGCAAAUUGCACCAGCAAAACAAAAGCCAGUCCAACUUCCAUUUAUGGGCAACAGAAAGCGUCCAAUAACACAAAAGAAAGCAGCUUUGCCACCACCAGCAAAUAUAACAACGGAAGCACUUAUAAAAGCACCAGCCACAUUUCUAUUUGCACUAAAAGGGAGGGGAACAUCUUAGACCACACCAGCAAAAGCAACACUGACACUAGUGUGAUUUGUAGCAACAGUAACAUAAGAACUGAUGAGUUUUUACCACCCCUUACCCAUACCCUGGUCCCACAGCCUGGAAGCAUGGAUCUAUCCUUUGGUAAGAGUAAGGUUUUACCUGAGCUGCCAGGGACCCUGAAGCAAAGCUUUACUCAUAACUCAUUCCCUGAACAAAAACGCUUUCUUGCACCACAAGGUCAACCAUACCACAUACAUACUUUGACAGACUCCCAGUCCGCUUUGGGGGGUUCAUUUAUCAACCUGCCCCAGAGCUCCCUCCAGUCUAACUCUGCACCAAGCUCCCAUAUCCAAGAUGAACCCAGUCAACACUCCUCUCCACCCCUUUCUGCUCCUCAGGAGCAACAUUCUCCAAAAACCCUACUGGGAGCACCUCAGGUCCAGUCCACAGACAUUACUGCCGUCCACUACAAGGAACAGGACCCCAAACACUUACCUGCCUUAGACAAAGACUCUAAGCAAUCAAGUUUUGAUAAAGAAAGGUUCUACAGAAACGUAACGCAAAAUGAAAAUGAAGGAAGAGUUUCUGAAACGGAUAGUGGAAUUACAAAAACAUUUUACACCACUGACAAGAACGAGCAUAGCAAAAUAGUUAACACACUACAUACCUUCACAAACGAUAACACUAACAAGGCUAAACAAGCCAUGCCGCUCUUAAGACAAUACAUACAAGAAGUGGACCAAUGGGAAAGCAACUGCAACCAUCUCGAAGAGUCAAACAUGAGCCCAAUGAAGAUAAACGUAAUAUCGCUGAACAAAGAUGAGAGUUUGUACAAGACCAACAGCAAACCGCCAAUCUGCAAGCCGUUAGAGAGCUUGAUCAGUGGCAACGAUUCCAGUCAUAAAGACGAAUCUUCAGCAUGGCAUGAAAGCUUACGGCUUUUACCAGUGGAUGCAGAACAUCGCACAACUGAUAUAGGUAACAGCGAAUCACACCAGCCAGAUAAACUUGUAGGUCUUGAAACCCAACAAGUCAAGCGAGAUCUAUGCCCGGAGCGGAAGAGUAUUUUUCAGAGUCUAGACUCUGAAGCUCCCAUGCUGCCAAUGAAGAAAAAAUCACAGGAGGCAAUGGCGGAGUUAGACAAGUCAACCACAGGAGAACAAGAUUACUGGGAGAUUAAGGAUGACGAGCAUCAGCAACCAAUGGGAAACCAGAGUUUGAGAGGGCAUCAAGCACAAGACAGUCAAUCAAGGGACUGUCUGAGAGGAGAGCUUCUGAAAGUUUAAGGACUUGGCUCCGCAAGCCGAAGAGGCAGAGGAUCCCGUAUUCAUCCUGAACAUUACAUUUCUUGUUUUCUUUACAUAUGACAGCAGAUGAGAUUGUAAAACAUUCGUGAUGGUCAAUGGACUUGUGGAGUUUUGGGCCGAUCCAGAGAGUAGCCGCUACAAAUGUAGAUCCGAUUCGAUUUAGGUAAACUCUGUGUAGGAAACUAUGAUGUAUAUGCUUGAAACUGCACUAUCGAGGGUGUACUGGACGUUAGGAAUGUCAGUUAGAUAUUGUGAUACUUUGUUAUAUGUCAGAUAAUCAGCACUUCUGCAAUGCCUUGGGUUUUUACCGUUACCCGUUUUCAUUUCUUCAUGUCCAGAUCAAACAAGUUCUCCAUGGCGCUUUUUCUUUUUUUUUUUUUUGGUUUUUCCACAAAGCAUCGAGCAGUUAGCGACAAAUCAUGCACUAUAACUCGCUUUAGUGGUGUCUGUCUGCACACACAACCCAAUUGGCCAGACAUUGCCUUAAACAUCACCUUUCUAUUUCUAUGACUGGCUGCACAAACAAGCUUUUCAGCAACUGUGUUGAUGUGUGUAUAAAUUGGGGAUUUAAAAUCCCAACAGAACUGCUGCUAUAUCUUCGGAAGUGUUUUGUUUUUUUAUAAGCAUUAACAAGACUAUUAUAUGUGAAAAGCUUGCAAAAGAAAUGUUAAUUUAUGGUGGAGAAAGUUUAAAACGGUUUGCUUAUCCGAUGGGGUAUUACAGUUCUCACAGACAGUCAGAUAAAGUGCUCUGCUAACUGGAUAUUCCCUGUGUUUGAGUUGGGCUACGAUAUAUAUAUAUCUAUAUAUAUAGUAUAUCUACACACACACACACACAUUAUGCAUCAUUUAUAUGCUGCUAAGUUCAGACCAUCCAAAGUGAAUAACAGGUGCUUUUCAUCCCGUAUUAUUUGCAUUUGUAUCCAACGUGGUUUCUCUUUAAAAAAAAAAAAAAAAAAGUUAACACAAAGAUAACAUCUGGACUUACAGUAUUACCUUCCCGUCAGUUCCCAUUGUGCAGGUCUGUCUAAAAGAACACAGUGCACUGGAGUGUUAUCCUUUCUACACAUUACAAAUCUUUUGGUAAUAAAUGGAGAAUGUCAGAUUUAAGAAAUGGCGUCUUGAAUGCAUUUCAUGCCACUGAGAGUUAUACACAAUGGCUUGGCGAAGAAACUUCCAGCGCAGAGGAACAGACGCACGAUUGUUUGGAUUUGCGUUAAUUGCGGAUUUUUGUGUUAAAAUGAAGCACAUGCAAAUGUCCGACGGCGCAGAGAGCGAGAAGAAGAGAAAAAAGGGCCAUCUCUGGGGAAUAAAUGAUUAGAAUAGUUUCCUGAGCAAAAGAGUCACCGAGAGGUCCUGGGUGCGCUUCUCAAAAGGAGUGAAACCUUGCCUAAAUCUACAGCUUGGCUUAUGCAUCAUACAGGCCGUUCUUCCAACACAAACAGGCAGGGGCUUUUUUUUACGCUCCCCCUCCGAGCUCUUCCUGAGGCCGCUUCUCAAAGCUCGCUUCACGCGCUUCUGGGAACACAGGAACUUUUUCAACCCAUUAUUUGAGGGAUAAUGCUUAAUAAGCCGCCUCUGCUGCGGUUUGUGUGGCUCUCAAAAAUCCAAAUCUUUUAAUGUAUUUCAAUGCCAUUAAGGUACUAUCUUUUUAAAGGGUCAGUAAUAUUUUGAGCUUGCUAGGAAUUGUAAUGGCACUUAAUGGCAUUUGAGUAGUUUAUUUUAAGAAGCAUAUUUAAAAUGUGAAUAAAAAUGCCAAAAACUGAA